AUGAGUGAAAAAAGAAUAUGUGUUGAGAGAGACCAACAAACGUCUGAUAAUGGUGACAAGGAUGAAAAAAAAAUUGUCAGCAAUUUACUGGAUUGCGACUCAUUAGCAAAAAUUUUUAUGCUGCUGUCAAUACCAGAAAGAAUAGACACGGAAAAAGUUUGUACCAAAUGGAAAGAAGCAUGUGAACUAGCUUGGUAUGACAUCAAAAAAUACAAAUGUGAACCAUCAAUUGGACGUUCUUAUGAUAACCGUUUGCUGACACAACCAUACCUCGAGAAAAUAUUAAUGAGAUGUGAAUAUCUUAAUAUCUCUUGUAAUAUAACACCUGAGUUAGCAAAUGCAAUUGUUAAAUAUUGCAAAAAUUUGAAACACUUGUGUAUAACAAAUUCUUAUCACCAAGUUACGAAUGAAACUGCUUUAAAAAAAUUAACAAAGUUAGAAAAUCUCGAAAGUUUAGUAUUGCUUUAUUCCAUUGAGCUCAGUGAGGAAUCAAUAAUCGCAAUUUCAAACAACUGUAAAAAACUUAAACGUUUAGAAAUUCCUGGUUGCGUUAUAGUACCUUCUAUUCCUGGGGACUCACUUCUUUCUCCAUCUGUUCUUGAUGAGUUAUCAGAAUUACAACAUCUUGAACAUCUAGAUUUGCGUGCGGCAAAAAAUCUCGAAGAUAGUACAAUUAUUGCUAUUGCUAAUAAUUGUACAAACCUGAAAAGUUUAGUAAUCAGUGGUUGCAUUGCUAUUACUGAAAAAGCUCUCUUUGCUCUAACAAAAUUGGAAAGUUUACAAAAACUAGACGUAAGUGUACUCGAUAUUUCAGACAGCUUUAUUAUCAAAUUAAAAGGAUUAAAAGAAUUGUGUUGUGUUGGUUGCGAAAAGCUUACUGAUACUGGUAUCAUUCAAUUUAUAAAAAAUAACCCAGACCUUGAAGAGAUUAGUGUCUGGGAUGUAGAUAACAUUACAAUUGAAUCGGUUAUUGCUGCUGAUCGAGUAACUAAAAAUCGUACAAAUGAAAUAAAUAAUAUAACAUGUUAA